AACAUCAGUCAUCUGCAGCUUUUGUUUCGCUCUUCUCCUGACUGUUUCGCUCUUCCUCUUGUGUUGGGGUCACUGACACUGACAAGGAAGAAAAGCCUACUCACAAUGGAUCCUAUUCGAGCGGAAGCUAUUCACAACGAGAGACAUGUCAAGGUGGUCUGCGUGGGUGCAGGUGCUUCUGGGUUGUGUCUGGCAUACAAGCUGCAGAGGUCUUUCCAGAACUACGAUCUCACUAUCUACGAGAAGAACCCUGAGGUCUCUGGCACCUGGUACGAAAACCGCUACCCAGGCUGCGCCUGUGAUGUUCCCUCCCACAACUAUGUCUACUCCUUUGAACCCAAAGCAGACUGGUCAUCUGUAUACGCGGGGUCCAGCGAAAUUAGAGGGUACUUUAAUGAUUUUGCGAACAAGUACGGCCUGCGGAAAUACAUCCACACUUCGCACAUCGUCACCGAAACCACCUGGAUCGAGGAGUCCGGCCAGUGGCAAGUGACGGCGACUGACCUGAAAACGGGUCGCACAGUACAUGACUGGUGUCACAUUCUGAUUCAUGCGACGGGCUAUCUCAAUAAGCCUGCUUGGCCCGAAAUUCCGGGAUUGGGCGAUUUCAAGGGCAUUAAGCUACACAGUGCGAUGUACGAUGAGAGCGUAUCGCUCGGAGGGAAGAAUGUUUUGCUGAUCGGGGCGGGUUCAUCAGCUGUUCAGAUUCUCCCUGCCAUUCAACCUAUUGUUAACAAUGUGAAAAUCUUUAUCCGCUCGCCAACGUGGCUGCUGCCGGAUAUUAGCACCGAGGCGGGCAAGUUCCCCGAGGAGCAGAUUGAGCACUUUGUGAACAAUCCAGAGAGUGUGACAGAACUGCGCAGGGAUAAUGAACGGACGAUGAAUAGUAUCUUCACCAUGUAUCUCAAGGAUACUAUACUUCAGGAGCAGGCCAAAGGUCUCCUGACAUCGGUGAUGAAGAACGCCUUUCAAGAUCAAGAAAUGGAAGACCGUUUGAUACCGAACUUCUCUGUUGGUUGCAAGCGUGUGGUGCCAUCGGGCUUCAGGUAUCUAAAUACCCUCAAAAAAGAGAACGUCGACGUGGUCUACGGUGGUGUGACAUCCGUAACACCAUCUGGGUGCGUCAGCGAAGACGGGAUGGAGCAUCAAGGCGACAUCAUCAUCUGUGCCACCGGGUUUGACACUUCCUACAUACCGCGCUACCCUGUCAUUGGACCCAAUGGUCGCAACCUGCAGACAGAAUGGGCCGAGUCGAUCAUGGGCUACAUGGGAAUAGGUAUUGCCGAGUUCCCCAACACCUUUACCAUGCUUGGCCCCUACACGCCUGUUUCCAAUGGUCCGACCAUGGUCGCGAUUGAAGCUCAAGCAGACUACAUCUGUUCCUUUAUCGACCGUUACCAAACGGAGCCCAUUCAUAGCAUGGCUCUUAAGCGGGAUGUCUGCGCUGAGUUCAAGGAGCAUGUCGGCUCCUUCAUGCAAAAAGCCGUUUGGACGGAUAAUUGCCGCAACUCCCACAACAACCAUACCAUCGGCGGUCGCGUUCCCACGACUUGGCCUGGAAGCACUCUACACUAUCUUGAGGCAAUGAGAGAGCCACGUGCUGAUGACUGGGAUAUCAAGUACAAUGGAAAUCGAUUCUCAUGGUUGGGAAUUGGCGUUUCCCAGACAGAGUGGGAUCCGACUGCUGAUCUAGGAUAUUAUAUCCGGCAAUCGGAUGAUGGACCCUGGCACAGUCGGCGCAAGCGGAAUUUGGCCAUUGCCAAAACAGGUAGCAUGGCUCCGCGUGCUCUUCAUAGACAGGCAAAGCUUGCAGCCAAAGAGAAAUCCCAAGGCACCAAAGCUGAUGUGCCGGACCAGAUGCUGAAAGCACAGGCCGAGCCAGUGUCUGAAGCGACAGCGUGAUGUGAGACUGAACAACAAUAAGGGUUUAUGGAGGUCAAUCGAUCCACCACUCCUUUCUCUGCAUUUCGGAACCAAAAGCUUGUCUUCUUCAUUGACAUGGUGCCGUCAUC